GGCCGGCGCUCUCGCCGCGGGCCACAGCCAGACUUCUGCGACCCGACUGUCGGUCUCAACUCCACGGCCACUCGCGCCACCAUGGAUCUCUCUGCCAUCUAUGAGAGCCUCCUGUCGAUAAACCCUGACCUGUCGUCCGACCACGGAGGAACGGAGUCGGGACUUUGGAACAUAAACUCGUCUGACUCCAUCCCAUCUGGGGUCACUUCUCGCCUGACCGGCCGCUCCACCAGCCUGGUGGAGGGCCGAAGCUGUGGUUGGGUACCGCCACCCCCUGGUUUCGCACCCCUGGCUCCCCGCCCGGGGCCUGAGCUGUCACCCUCGCCUACUUCGCCUACUUCAACUCCCACCACCUCCUCUCGAUACAAGACUGAGCUCUGUCGGACCUACUCAGAGAGCGGGCGCUGUCGAUACGGGGCCAAGUGCCAGUUUGCCCACGGCCUGGGUGAACUGCGCCAGGCCAAUCGCCACCCCAAGUACAAAACGGAACUCUGCCACAAGUUCUACACCCAGGGCCGCUGUCCCUACGGUUCUCGAUGCCACUUCAUCCACAAUCCCAACGAGGACCUGGCUGCUCCAGGCCAGCCCCAUGUGCUCCGACAAAGCAUCAGCUUCUCAGGCUUGCCCUCAGGCCGCAGAACCUCGCCACCACCGCCAGGCUUUCCUGGCCCUUCCCUGUCCUCAUGUUCCUUUUCGCCCUCCAGCUCCCCACCACCACCUGGGGACCUUCCACUUUCUCCCUCUGCCUUCUCUGCUGCCCCCGGGACCCCUGUGACUCGAAGAGACCCUAUUCCAGCCUGUUGCCCCUCCUGCCGAAGGUCUACCGCCAACACCAUCUGGGGGCCCUUGGGUGGCCUGGCUCGGAGCCCAUCUGCACACUCCCUGGGAUCCGAUCCUGAUGAUUAUGCCAGCAGCGGUAGCAGCCUGGGUGGGUCAGACUCACCGGUCUUUGAGGCCGGAGUGUUUGGGCCUCCCGCGCCCCCUGCACCCCCAAGGCGUCUCCCCAUCUUCAAUCGCAUCUCUGUCUCUGAGUGACAAAUGCCCACCCAGUAUGGAUCAGCUAGAUCUCAAGAGGGCGGGGCUCAUUGCUGUGGGGACCUUCUCCCUGACAUUCCAGAAUGCAUUAACCCACUCCUGGUGCUGUGCUGGGGCAGGUCCCUAGUUGCAAAUUCAGUGUUUAGGCGGAUUGGUUCCUGGGGUACCUAAGAUGUAGCAUACUCUUGGGUUGUUUCUGAGAUAGGGGCUCAUUAUGUAGCCCAGGCUGUCCUCAAACUUGAGAUAAUCCUUCCUUAGUUCCCCAGGUUUGGGGGCUGUAUAGGUAUGCACCAGCCCCUCCCCACCUCUGGUCUCCUGGAAUCUUACGUGCUGUGAAGAGCUGCCUCCCACAACCCCAUCCCAGUUUUGACUAGACCCCAAGGUUCAGCGUUUGGUGGUUGAAGCCUCCCCGAGGGAGAAUCCUGGUGCUCAAAUUUCCCUCUGAAAGCAAAUAGCCAAAGCCAUUGCCAAAUCCCUCUGCCCCAACCAGUGGGCCCUUUAUUUAUGACGACUUUAUUUAUUGUAAUAAGAUUUUAUAGUAUUUAUAUAUAUUGGGUCGUCUACUUCGUUUUCCUUUUUGUAAUAUUAAAAUGGAUACUGUAUUAAAUAUACUAUAAUAUAUUAAGUAAUA